AUGGCCACCACAUUAGAGUCACCUAUUACUACGGUCUUGUCGUUGGACGGUGUACCCAGAAGUGGAUUAGUGGAGUACCCCACUUCUGGGGAAGGCGCAGUGUCCGAUGCUAUCGCAGAGGAGGACAUUGAUGAUGAGCUCGAUGAUGAAGACGAUGAACAUGAACAUCACCUACAAGAGGUGGCGCCUGAGAUUCUCAACGAGGUUAUUAUACGCUCGGGGUAUCUGUAUAAACGCGGUGAAAAGCGCAAGGUACGUACGUUCCAGGACCAAGCAUCUGACGCGCAGACGUGGAAAAAGCGAUGGGUUGUGCUGCGCGCGUCGCAACUAGCAUUCUACAAAAACGACAAGGAAUACAUGACCAUGAAAGUGAUCAAUGUCAGUGACAUUCGCGCUGUUGUGCCCAUCGAAUUCAAGCGCGUGGGACUGACGGUUGGUAUCGUCACUGCGAAUCGUACGCACUACCUACGUGCAAACAGCAAAGAGGAAACGCUGGCGUGGCUUGAAGCGAUGGAUCAGACGCGGUCGUUGAUUCAAGAGCAAAACCCCACCGCCGGCAUUGCCCACCAACUUAGCCACACGGCCAUUGGGCUUGCGGAAGAAAAACCCAAGAUCGCCAACAGGUCCAUGUUUGUGAUGCGAACCGAACACUCGCCGUUUUCGAUCGCGAGGUCCGUUUCUCCGCCCCCCAACAUCUUGCAGCUAUGCGAUGAUGGACAUGGACCGGAGUCAUUAACAAAGCUCGCGGAGCGCCGAACAUCUUUUUCUUUGCCAGCAGUCUCACCUUCCCAGCACGGAGACGAGAAUGCCGAGGCCGCGAGGCUUGCACAGCAGCUCCAUUCCGUUGCAUUGAGUAGCUCGGAAGAAGAAGGGGACAUGGAGUUUGUAGGCGUGGACAGAGCCAUGCUCCUCCCGGCAAGUGUGGGCACUGGGACACUUGCCUCGGGCACAGCGCCUUUGAAUACAGAGCAUGUCGAGGACGCCAACCGUGUCAUUGCACAAGGCUAUCUUAUGAAACAAAGCAGCAGGCGCAAGCAGUGGCGCAAGCGCUGGUUUGUUCUUACUGUCAACACGCUGUAUUACUCGCGGAGCCACAUGGAUGAACGUGUGCAUCGAAAGCUCCCUACAGCGAUGAUUUUGGAUGUGAUGGAAUGCAGCCCCACAGUGCUGCCAACCGACCAUGGCCCUUUGAGUAGUUUGCGUGGCCUGGGUGCGGUUCCAUUUAGCAAUGUGCCGAUGAGCCUCAGUCCCCCUGAUCCCUGGACGGUGGUGGCAGGUGGACGCCAUGAAGAGCAGGGCGCGACUGCGGAGACGAGCAACACAGUGAGUUUUCCCUCCACCCUUGGAAAAGCCAAGCGCAGUGCAGAACACUGUUUCAAGAUCAUCACCCUCAAGAGGACCUUUCUUUUGUGUGCCCCGACGGAGGAGGAAGAUAUUAAAUGGUUGAGUGCGCUCCAAACUAUUUUGAACCGACGGCGCAGUGCUUCAAUGCCGCUGCGUUAUCAUUGA